AACAACGCUGUGUAUAUACGCACACCAUUUUAUAGUAUAUGUAUGUUUGUAUGUGUGUGCUACUUGUAAGGACCAACGAUCCAAACGGCGCUGCUUUCUUUCCUUGAAUGACUCUAGUAUUAACACCACUUUUCCAUCUUCUCUGUUUCAUCUCUCCAGCUUCUUGUUUAGCUCAGAGACUCGGAAUUGAGCUUCUUGUGGAACCCAUUUCCAGUGAUGAGUCCUAUGCUUGCAUGAUUCUUUUGAGGGGAAUUUGAAAUUCAAUUCAUUUCAUGCAAUUGCAGUGGAAAAGCGGAAGAUGACGACGGGUGGCAGAGACAGUGGAUAUAAAGAUGAUGGGAAAAUGAAUAAUGCUGGAAUAUCUGUUGACGAGGAUGUUAAUGGGGAUGCCGAGCCGCAUGUGGGUAUGAAAUUCUCUUCUGUGGAUGCUGCUAAGAACUUUUAUAAUGAUUAUGCUAGGAAUGUGGGUUUCAGUAGCUGUGAUAGCCAACCUAAAUAUGAGGGAAUUGUGACGGUGUAUGAGUUUGGAUGUGCUCCAGAUAUUUUGGAAAGAAGACCUGGUGAGAAAUGUGAUGCAUUACUUAGAAUAGAGUCGAAGAAUCGUAGCGAGUGGGUUGUGACACAAUUUGUGAAGGAACAUAGUCAUUCCUUGAUAACCCCUAACCAGGUACAGUGCAUCCGACCUAGGCGGCAUUUUGCAGGUACUGCAAAACGUUUGGCAGAAAAUAAACAAGGGGGGAGUAUUUCGAACGGUGUAUCAAUGAACGUAAAAUAUGUUCCUGUAGAACUAAACAAUGGUGCUAAGAGUAUUAAUAUGGAAUCUGAUCGUGCAUUCAUAAACUCUGCCUCUGGGGGUAAUGCUGGUAGUCUUGCUGGUCGGAGAAGGACACUGGGGAAGAAUGCUCAAAACCUGCUCGAUUAUUUUAAGAAAAUGCAGGCCGAGAAUCCUGGGUUCUACUAUGCAAUACAACUUGAUGAUGAGAAUCGUAUGGCAAAUGUAUUUUGGGCGGAUUCUAGGUCAAGAAGUGCUUAUAGUCAUUUUGGAGAUGCUGUUACACUGGACACAAUAUACAGAGUUAACCAAUACAGCGUCCCCUUUGCUCCUUUCACAGGUGUGAACCAUCAUGGUCAAACAAUUUUGUUUGGUUGUGCAUUACUUCUAGAUGAAUCCGAGGCUACAUUCAUAUGGCUCUUUAAGACAUUUCUUGCUGCAAUGGGUGAUCAUGCUCCUGUGUCCAUAAUCACGGAUCAGGAUAAGGCCAUACAUGCGGCAGUAGCUCGGGUUUUCCCUGAAACCCGCCAUUGUAUAAGCAAAUGGCAUGUGUUAAGAGAGGGCCAGUCAAAACUGGGUCACUUUUGUCAUGCAUAUCCUAACUUUCAGGUGGAUCUGUAUAAUUGUAUCAAUUUGACUGUGACGCCUGAGGAAUUUGAGCUUGCUUGGGACUGUAUUCUUGAUAAAUAUGAUCUUAGGUUGAAUGCUUGGCUGCAAUUAUUAUAUAAUGCACGCAAACAGUGGGUUCCAGUAUAUUUUAGGGAUACUUUUUUUGCUGCAAUCGAUGAUAAUCAGGGAUUUGAAAGUUCCUUUUUUGAUGGUUAUGUAAAUCAAGAGACUACUGUACCAAUGUUCUUUAGGCAAUACGAAAGAGCUUUGGAGAAUUCAAUAAACAAUGAGAUAGAAGCUGAUUUUGAUACAAUAUGCACAACUCCGGUUUUGAGGACACCGUCACCAAUGGAGAAGCAGGCAGCUAAUUUGUAUACAAGGAAGGCAUUUCAGAAAUUUCAAGAAGAAUUAGUUGAGACGUUUGUGUAUACUGCAGACAGAAUUGAUGGUGAUGACUCCAUUGGCAAGUAUAGAGUUGCUAAAUAUGAAGAUGACCAGAAAGCCUAUUUGGUCUCACUGAAUUCCCAAGAAAUGACGGCAGCUUGUAGCUGCCAGAUGUUUGAGUAUUCUGGCAUCCUUUGUAGGCACAUUUUGACAGUUUUUACCGUGACAAAUGUAUUUACCCUUCCAUCUCAUUACAUAUUGAGUAGGUGGACUAGAAAUGCAAAACGUUGGGUCGAAACAGAUGAUUGUGGUGAAUUGCAUGGACAGGACUCAUUGGCAGUACGCUAUAAUAGUCUUUGUCGUGAAGCCAUAAAAUAUGCUGAAGAAGGGGCGGUAGCUCCUGAGACCUACAGUGCUGCUAGGGCUGCACUCAGGGAAGGAGGCAGGAAGGUAAUGGCUGUGAAAAAAAAUGCCUUAAAAGUUGCUCCACCCAGCUCACGUGUUAGUGUAAUUGGUUACGAGGACUCUAGAAACUGCAGUCCAGAUAUGACCCCCUUACUAUGGCCACGGCAAGAUGAAAUGACUCAGCGCUUUAACCUAAAUGAUAGUGGUGCUUCUACCCAGCCUUCUGCUAAUCUGAAUUUUCCUCAAAUGGCCCUGCUGUCUCUUCAUCAGGAUGAUGGUCAUCAUGAUAGCAAGGCCAUUUUUCCUUGUCUGAAGUCAAUGACUUGGGUGAUGGAGAAAAAGAAUUUGGCACCUGCAAAUAGAGUGGCUGUUAUCAAUUUAAAGCUUCAAGACUACAGCAGGACACCUUUGGCGGAGUCAGAGUUUAAGUUUUCUCUCUCAACAAUCACUUUAGAACCCUUGUUGAGAUCUAUGGCCAGCCUUAGUGAGAAGAUGUCUGCUACUGUGAAUAAGGUUGCUACAGUCAACUUGAAGCUCUAUGAUACAGUGACAAGUACCGAAGAUUCAGAAGUGAAAUUUAAGGUGUCCAGAGAUACAUUGGGUGCCAUGCUGCGAUCAAUGGCUUAUAUUCGUGAGCAGAUUUCAAGUGCUGUACAUACAGAGACCCAUAAAGAGAUGCUGUCCAAAAGACCAAGGAGGUAGUUUGGUGUAUCCUUAAUAUAUCCAGGCCUGUGAUUAUUACCCUCUGUAUGAGCGAUUACUUUAUGGGACCAACUACUUGCGGGUGGACUUGUAGGCUACAAUUAUGUUGCUAAUUAGACUGCUGGUUUCUGAUCUUUUAUACCAUUGUAUAUGCGCUCGCAAGUUUCAGAACCUUAGCUUAAGUUCUACAAGUUGGUUUCAUAUAUAGAGAUUGUUAGUUAGUCGGUAUAACACUACAAUUUUGUGCAUCUUGUGUAGCUAUUUUGUUGGAAAAUUUUGUGCAUCUUGUGUAGCUUUUGUGUUGAAAAUUUUUGUGACUGUAUAACAUUAUUACUGAAUCGAAGGAAACUGGUUUUUGUCGUGAAUUAUCCCGACAGACUUAAUUUGUU